AUGGAAGAGGAUUUGUCAAGCAUGGUAUCAAACGCAGGCACAACAACAAGGCAGAAGAGGACGUAUCAAGCAGAAGCUUCUGUUUCAAGCAUCACUGGUUUCUUGGUCCAAGAGAGUAAGCGCUUGAGUCAUGGGAGCAGCAAUUUGUCUGCCAAUACCAAAUUUAAAGGAGUUGUACUGCAACAAAAUGGCCACUGGGGUGCUCAGAUCUAUGCCAAUCACAAUAGGGUUUGGCUUGGAACAUUCAAUUCUGAGGUGGAUGCAGCCAUGGCUUAUGAUAGUGCUGCAAUCAAGCUUCGCAACGGAGAGUGCCAAAGGAACUUUGCAUGGACCAAGGUCACUGAUCAAGAGCCAUACUUUCAGAAUCUCUAUAGCCAAGAAGCUGUUCUCAACAUGAUCAAGGACGGGACUUACCAGGCUAGGUUUUUAGAAUUUCGCAUGUCUCAUCAGGCAGCAGAAAGUAUGCAAAAAAUAGGAAUGGCCGAGUGUAACUCAGCUAGGGUGCAACAAAGCAAAAGAGAUAUCUUGCACAAACAACUCUUCCAAAAAGAGCUGACGCCAAGCGAUGUUGGUAAGCUGAACAGACUUGUCAUACCCAAAAAUUAUGCAACUAAAUACUUCCCUCGUAUUGAUGAAUCCAUGCAGGGAGGGUUGGAUGACAACCCGGCUCCUGAUGUGCAGCUGUCAUUUUAUGAUGAAAACAUGAGGCCAUGGAAGUUCAGGUACUGUUAUUGGAAGAGCAGCCAAAGCUUUGUGUUCACCCGGGGUUGGAAUCGGUUUGUAAAGGAGAGUCUUUUGAAAGCCAAUGACAUUAUCAGGUUCUAUGAGUGCCACAUUAGGGAAGGAGACAAGGAGGCCAAGUCAUUCUACAUGAUUAAAAUCGACCGGGCUGAAAGUUCUGAUGUUAUUGUUGAAAAUGCUGGCCUAUGUGUUUCCCCCGCCCUUACCCCCUUGCAUGCCAAGAAAUUUGGAGAGGAGAAAGAUGACAUAAAGACGCAAAUUGCAGAGGUUAUUGAUGAAACGCCACAAGUUAAUGGUGAUAAUAAAAGAAUUAGGCUCUUUGGUGUUUGUAUGGUCGUAGGUGAAAAUUAA